AUGUCAUCCAAAUUUUGGAGUGAAUCUGUGCGCGUUGUGAAAUUGGUGUUGGCGCCACAGGCUUUCGAUUUUGGGCCGCGGGAGACCAAAAUUUGGUCCGAAAGUUUUUCUAGGUCGCCCAUAUCCAAACCCACUUACUCCUCUCACAAACCCCUCCCUCGUCUCCUCCACACACCCUCGUGCGCCGCCUCCACCUCGUCUCCCCGGCGCCACAUCGCCGGCCACCGCAGACCUCCUCUCACCGCCUCUCCCCUUCCGGCGGCGAUAGCGGCGAGGCUCGCGCAGCUGCGGACCAAGGUGGCGCAGGCGGCGGACUUCGCGUCCAAGCACGGCGGUGCAUACUACAAGGAGGCCAUGGUCCCCAAACGCCCCUCACCCGACCCUGCCGCUCGCUUCCUUCCCCUCGCCGCCACCGCACUCCCACGGUGCUCCGUCCAGCCGGAUUUCGCCACUCACAAGAUGAGGGAGAUCCUCCACAUUCAGGGCGGGCAAUGUAGCAACCAGAUCGGCUCCAAGUUCUGGGAGGUGGUGUGCGACGAGCAUGGCAUCGACCCCACGGGGCGAGAUACGCUGCUGCUAGCGCAGGCGAGGUGUGCUUCUUGGAACUGGCUAGGUGCGAGCUGGUGAGUUGCUGUCGAUCCUGAAGCAAUGAUGCCUUCUCUAGAUUAGAUGGAUGAGCAUACGGUGGAGUCUUGCUCUUGGGCCGGUGGUGGUUGGUAGCCGGACGCUGUGACGCGUUGCUAGAGAGAGCGGUGCACACAGGGACAAGUUGGUAGGUUGCCAUAGUGUUGGUGGACAGGAGAGGUCCUGAUCAUGCAGGUGCAAGAAGAGGAUGUGUAGGCAUAUAUGCCUGGAGGUUGGGGCUGUGUCUGGCCAGAAGGACUGAUAAUGGAUGUUGCUGCUGUAGGGUGGGUUUACAUUAUGGGCUAGCUUUAUGUGCAUCAUUGUGUCUUUCUUGUAUUUGUGGUUUGAUCCGUGGAUUACUUGUCUCCUUUCAAAGAAUUUCAUGUCUUCGUUGUUUCUGAUUGAAUUAUAUGUUGUUUAAUUUUGUCAAA